UUUAGAGAGAAGAGUAGGAGAGGGUCGACGACGACGCGUAAGAGGGUCGCUUUUCAACGUUACGUACUGAUGAAAACAUUCAAGACGUGUUCACGAUUUGGUGAUGUCAGACCGUCGCAUUACUUAGAACGAUUGCUUGAGCUGGGAUUUAAUAAAGCACUGGUGAAUACAAGUGAUCCUGUUUUACGAGAAGGGAAACGUAGUGGCGGAAUCAUCAUGUGGAGGACAAUAGUAUUGUGUUCACUUAUCGGGCCGAUAGCCGCCGAAAAGGCUACUUUUCACAACUAUAAAGUCUUCAGAAUUACUCCGACUACAGAAACACACGUUGAAUUACUGCGCCAGCUAGACGAAGUUCCUAAUGAAUUCACUUUCUGGAAAGAACCGACUUCCGUAAAUACGGAAGUGGACCUUAUGGUAGCGCCGCACAAGCUGCCCAUAUUUCACGAAUUAAUGGCCCAAAUUGAAGCACCCCAUCAAGUUCAUGUUGAUAACGUUCAGACACUAGUCGAUCAAACGACGACCGCAAAUCAGUCAACAUGGUUUGAUUUUGAAAGUUACCACAGUCUCUGGGAAAUCUACGAGAACCUGGAUGAUCUGGCCAAGCAGCAUCCCGACAAAGUAGAGGUCGUCGUGGGUGGUAGGACGUUUGAGAAUCGUCAGAUCAAAGGUGUCAAGGUUUCCUUUAAAGCUAACAAUCCCGGAAUCUUCCUCGAGGGUGGUAAUCACGCCAGGGAAUGGAUCUCUCCAGCGACUGUUAUGUAUAUUUUGCAUCAAUUGCUGACCAGUGUCAACCCGGAAGUUAGAGCUCUGGCUGAGAGCCACGAUUGGUACAUCUUCCCCGUAUUUAAUCCCGACGGAUAUGUGUACACGCAUACCACCAAUCGAGUGUGGAGGAAGACGCGUGAGCUGCAUGGUCUAUUUUGCAGAGGUAGCGAUCCCAAUAGGAAUUGGGGUUACAAAUGGAACGGUGGAGGUAUCUUCAACAGGUUUCCGUGUUCCGAAACUUACGCCGGAAGGGAACCAUUCUCCGUUAUAGAAACGAAGAGCAUGUCCGACUAUAUCAAAUCCAUUUCUGAUAAAUUUUACGCAUACAUCGCAUUCCAUAGUUAUUCACAACUUUUGAUGUACCCUUAUGGCUACACAUAUGUUCGUCUUGAAAACUACGAAGACUUGUUUGCCAUUGCUUCGAAAUCGGUUGAAGCUCUCAAAAACAGAUACGGAACUAAAUAUCGAUUUGGAAGUCUUGCCGAAGUAAUUUACAAAACUCAUGGAACUACUGCAGAUUAUAUCAGAGGUAUUUACAAUAAAUCUAUCGUCUAUGUCUAUGAAUUACGUGAUCAAGGUAAAUAUGGCUUCUUGUUGCCUCCUGAGCAAAUUAUCCCGACUGGAGAAGAAACUUUAGAUUCUCUCGUAGUUAUGUUCAAAGAGGCAAAGGCGCUUGAAUAUCUAUUGUAGACUGGGACUAAGGCCCGACUGGCUGGUGCCUGUUUCCAACGGUUGUCUACCAACCUAUAUAAUCUAUCUAUGUAUUCAUUGCCUAAGUUCGUUACAUCAGUCAGUCAGUCAUCUCGAUCUGUACUACACACACGCAUUUUGUAAGACUGAAUGGUGUACAGAAGAUAGUGUGUCAGGUAACAAUAAAGAGCGUUAAUGAUAACAAA